AUGGUAAUGCAAGGGGUUGAAGAUAUACUGUUGCUUGUUGUACAAGGAGCAUUUCAAUGGCGUCCUCGCCAUUAUUUUGUUGACGCCGACCGAGAAGAAGAAGUAAAACGACGUAAAGGAAGAGAAAUGGGAGCUUAUAGGGCCGAUGAUGAUUAUGAUUACUUGUUUAAGGUCGUCUUGAUCGGUGAUUCUGGCGUCGGGAAAUCCAACCUUUUGUCUAGAUUCACGAAGAACGAGUUCAGCGCCGAAUCGAAGUCGACCAUCGGUGUCGAGUUCGCAACUCGGAGCAUUCGUGUCGAUGAUAAGGUCGUUAAAGCUCAGAUUUGGGACACUGCUGGGCAAGAAAGAUAUCGCGCAAUUACCAGUGCAUAUUAUCGAGGCACGGUCGGAGCUCUACUAGUUUACGAUGUUACUCGUCGCGUUACGUUUGAGAAUGUACAGAGGUGGCUCAAGGAACUCCGAGAUCACACCGACCCGAACAUUGUGAUCAUGCUAGUCGGGAACAAGGCUGACCUGCGCCAUUUGCGAGCCGUUGAAGUCGACGAUGCCAAAGCUUUUGCGGAAAGAGAGAAUACCUUCUUCAUGGAAACAUCUGCACUCGAGGCUCUGAAUGUCGAGAAGGCUUUUACCGAAGUGUUGGCUCAGAUUUACCAUGUCGUGAGUAGGAAAGCUCUUGAUAUCGGAGAUGAUCCGUCGGCUUUACCUAAAGGCCGGACGAUUAAUGUCGGAUCUAAAGUUGAUGCAUCGGCAGUGAAAGGAGCCGGAUGUUGCUCGUCUUAG